AUGGAAACAUAAGAAAAAAUUCAAAUAAAGAUAUCUUUAGUUGAUUAAUCAACAUCAUCAAAGCUAAAUGAAUGGGAAUUUAUAGAGACAGAUUUAAAUGAAUAGAGUAUUUUACAAGACCAGGAUAAUUAAUUAACUAUUUUACAACAAUACAAAUUUGUAAUAGGAAUUUCUAAACCACUUGAAACAAGAAUUGGUUUGAAUUCAAUAUAAAAAAAUAAAAUAACAAUCAAAGGUCGCUUAGGGAUAAAGACUUUGCUAUCUUGA